CGCGCGCGCGCAAGGAGGAGGGCGAGGGGGCGCGCUCACACAAAGUUUGUGCCUGCGGGUUCGCCGCGGUCGGGCGUCCUGGGCGAGGAGGCCGGGACGGAGGGGCCCGGCAGGCGGUGGUGGCGAUGCGUCGCACCCCGCCGAGCCCGUCCCGCCGCGCUGGGUGAGGCGGCUCCUGGAGCGCGGCCGCGGCCAUGGGCACCUUGGGCAAAGCGAGAGAAGCUCCGCGGAAACCUCAUGGCUGCAGAGCAGCCCCUAAAGCAAGACUAGAGGGGAAGCCCUCCAGCAGCCCCCUCCCCUCCCAUCCCAGCCUGGCCCAGAUCACCCAGUUCCGAAUGAUGGUGUCUCUGGGACAUUUAGCCAAAGGAGCCAGCCUGGACGAUCUCAUCGACAGCUGUGUUCAAUCUUUCGAUGCAGACGGAAACCUGUGUCGAAGUAACCAACUGUUGCAAGUCAUGCUGACCAUGCACCGAAUUCUCAUUUCCUCUGCUGAACUGCUCCAGAAAGUUAUCACUCUCUAUAAGGAUGCCUUGGCAAAGAAUUCACCAGGGCUUUGCCUGAAGAUCUGCUAUUUUGUAAGGUAUUGGAUAACAGAAUUCUGGAUCAUGUUUAAAAUGGAUGCCAGCUUGGCAAGCACUAUGGAAGAGUUUCAGGAACUGGUAAAAGCUAACGGCCAGGAGCUGCACUGCCGCCUGAUUGACACAACUCAAAUCAAUGCCCGUGACUGGUCCAGGAAACUGACUCAAAGGAUAAAAUCGAACACCAGCAAGAAACGGAAAGUCUCCCUGCUCUUUGACCAUCUGGAACCAGAAGAGCUCUCCGAGCACCUUACCUACCUGGAGUUCAAGUCGUUCCGGAGGAUAUCUUUCUCCGAUUAUCAGAAUUACCUUGUGAAUAGCUGCGUGAAGGAGAACCCUACCAUGGAGCGGUCCAUUGCCCUGUGUAACGGCAUCUCCCAGUGGGUACAACUGAUGGUUCUCAGCCGCCCCACCCCCCAGCUCCGAGCUGAAGUCUUCAUCAAGUUCAUCCAGGUGGCUCAGAAGCUCCACCAACUACAGAACUUCAAUACGUUGAUGGCUGUGAUAGGAGGGCUCUGUCACAGCUCAAUCUCCAGGCUCAAGGAGACAAGUUCACAUGUCCCGCAUGAAAUCAAUAAGGUUCUGGGUGAGAUGACCGAGCUGCUGUCCUCCUGCAGAAACUAUGACAACUACCGGCGUGCCUACGGGGAGUGCACCCACUUCAAGAUCCCCAUCCUGGGGGUACACCUCAAGGACCUCAUCUCCCUGUAUGAAGCCAUGCCCGACUAUCUGGAGGAGGGGAAGGUGAACGUCCACAAGCUGCUGGCCCUUUACAAUCAUAUCAACGAACUGGUCCAGCUGCAAGAGGUGGCCCCACCCCUGGAGGCCAACAAGGACCUGGUGCACCUGCUGACGUUAUCCCUAGAUCUCUACUACACUGAAGACGAAAUCUACGAGCUUUCUUAUGCCCGGGAACCCAGGAACCACAAAGCCCCACCACUAACACCUUCAAAGCCACCAGUAGUAGUGGACUGGGCCUCUGGAGUAUCUCCCAAACCUGAUCCAAAGACCAUAAGCAAACAUGUUCAGAGGAUGGUGGAUUCUGUCUUCAAGAACUAUGAUCAUGACCAGGAUGGAUACAUUUCCCAGGAAGAAUUUGAAAAGAUUGCUGCGAGUUUUCCAUUUUCCUUCUGUGUGAUGGACAAAGACAGGGAAGGCCUCAUCAGCAGAGAAGAGAUCACUGCCUACUUCAUGAGGGCCAGCUCCAUCUACUCCAAGCUGGGCCUGGGCUUUCCUCACAGCUUCCAAGAGACAACCUACCUGAAGCCCACUUUCUGUGACAACUGUGCUGGAUUUCUCUGGGGAGUGAUCAAACAAGGGUAUCGGUGUAAAGACUGCGGGAUGAACUGCCACAAACAAUGCAAAGACCUGGUUGUGUUCGAGUGCAAGAAGCGAGCCAAGAACUCAACAGCUCCCACAGAGAACAGCACCUCUGUGGGGCCAGCGUCCAGCCUUUGCUCGUUGGGAGCCAAAGAUCUGCUCCAUGCACCAGAGGAAGGACAUUUCACAUUCCCUAACGGGGAGGCUGUGGAACAACACAAUGAGGAGAGUAAGGAUCGGACCAUCAUGCUCAUGGGAGUGUCCGCACAGAAGAUUUCUGUUCGGCUGAAGAGGACUGUUGCCCACAAGGCCACCCAGACCGAAGCACUGUCUUGGCUUGGCAGUGAGGGCCCUUCCAGUCACUUUGUGCUGUCCUCCCCAAGGAAGACAGCCCAGGAUACUCUGUAUGUACUUCCCAGCACUACAUCUCCAUGCCCCAGCCCAGUCUUGGUCAGAAAGCAGGCUUUCGUCAAGUGGGAGAAUAAAGAAUCCCUCAUAAAAUCAAAGGAGGAGCUCCGUCACCUCAGACUCCCAACCUACCAAGAGCUGGAACAGGAAAUAAAUACCCUGAAAGCAGAUAAUAAUGCUCUAAAGAUCCAACUGAAAUAUGCACAGAAGAAGAUAGAAACCCUCCAGCUUGCAAGAAGCAAUCAUGUCUUGGCACAGAUGGAGCAGGGUGACUGUUCUUAGCCCAGAAACUCAAGCAGCACAAACUGCAGAGUGUAUCAGAGAUCUCAUUUCCUAAACCUCUUAACACAAAGACCUGGGAAACCUUAGACUGACUGGCUUUCAAAAGGGUACUUUAAAGAAGGAAAGCUGGUUACUCUUUCGUUACUUAAAAGAUUCCAACUGUGCGGUAUGGUUUUCUCUUCCAGCCAGUUGAAUCAAAGGGAGGAAAGCUGAAGAAUGCAAAAUAUUUGCCAUUCAUACCAGAAUUUUUUUUUCCCCUGGGACUAAUAUCAAAAGCAUGAUAAAAAACAUGACUAUAGUUUUCUGACAAGAUAGCUUCUUCUAUCUAUGUGGCCUGCCCAGCUGCUUCUUCCUUAGAACUAAA